GGUGUGGGACUUCCGGUAAACAGAGAACGUGCCUGGUCCUAGAGAAAUUCUGCUUCUGUGUGUCCCAAGCUCACCCGGCAGCUUUCUUGCAGCAGAAAAUUUGGUCUUACCUGUGGUCCCGAGGCUCAGGUUCGCUCGUGGGGUGCUGCCCAGGGGCUCUCUGCAGCGGCAGCAACCAGGAAGACCUGUGCCACCCCUUCCGGGAGCUUCAGUGCACCAGGGUUCCAGAUGGUCUUUGGCUUUUUCCUCUGGCGUCCGAGAUGUGUGUGCAGGGAGCAGUCUCUUCUGGUUUCCCAGGCUUGUCUGCCUCUCUGAAGGUUUAGCUCUCCCUCCCACGGGAUUUGGGUGCAGAGAACUGUUUAUCCGGUCUGUUUCUCCAGUUGUAUUUUUAUGGUAGGCUCCAUGCAUUGAUAAAAAGUCAACGGCUAAAGAUAGAAACUCAGAGGAAACAUAUUGAACCAAACAAAUCCCUUACAACACACAAUAGAACAAUUCCAAAAUAUUGUACACACGUUUGUAACAUAUUUAACAAACCUAUUUUUAUAAUGUAUCUGUAGACCUACUGACACUUUAUCAGAACUUGCUACAGCAAGGGAGACCAGUCAGAGUCGUUUGAAUUUCUCUAAAUCCUUAAAAAUAGACAGAAGUAGUUGGAAAGCUGGUUGAGUGUGAGGAAGAAAAGGAAAGGCUUAGAAUUCCUCUCACUGGGUAGGAAUCUGCUGAUAGGUUUGGUUAAUUGAGAAAAUUUACAUGAUUGUUUAGGUUGCACUUUUUGUUCUUUUUGGAGUGAUAGGGUGAGAAUCAGUACUGCACGUUCGAAGUUGUGCAUUAUUAGUGGUAUCCAGAAUACCAGGGAUCAUUUUUUGAAGUUAUUGCUUGUCUUUCUAGGCAUAACUUAUAUACUGUCAUCUUUUUUGCUUUCUUCUUGAUCGGUCUGUCCUUUUUGUUUUUUCUUUUUUCUUUUCUUUCUUUCUUUUUUUUUUGAUUCCUUUGUAUAGAUAAUAAGUAGAUUGUUAUUCAGACUCCUUUUAAUAUUUGGCCUAUCAAUUUAUAUUCACAUAGACAUUUUUAUCUGCCCUUUGGUUAUUUGUUGGUUCAUAGAGACAGGACAAUUGAAAAUAAACACUGUAUUUCACUGUAUAAUCAAACUCAGAGGAAAAAGAAAUCACAUGAUUGUCUCAUUAGAAGCUGAAAAAGCUUUUGACAAAAUCCGACCAUCUUCAUUUUAAAAGCCUUGGAGAGAUCAGAAAUUUAUGGCAUAUACCUAAACAUAAUACAAGCAAUACACAGAAAACCACCAGCCAACAUAAAAUUAAAUGGAGAGAAACUUUAAGCAAUCCCACUAAAAUCAGGGGCAAGACAGGGCUCCCUGUCUAUUUAUUAUAGUACUUGAAGUUCUAGCUAGAGUGAUAAGACAAGGAAAAUAAGAUCAAAGAGAUUAAAAUUUGAAAGGAAGAAGUCAAGGUACCAGUAUUUGCAAAUGAUAUGAUAGUAUAUAAUAAUGACCCCCAAAUUCUAUCAGAGAACUCUUAAAGGUGAUAACUUCAGCAAAGUGGCUAGACAUAAAGAAAUCUGAAAUCUUCCUUUAUGCAAACAAUAAACAGUCUGAUGCAUAGUAUCUGGGUGUAACUCUAAACCAAGCAAGUGAAAGAUAUGUAGGACAAGAACUUCAGUCCCCAGAUAGAAAUUAAAGAUCUUAGAAAUUGGAAAGAUCUCCCAUGCUCAUGGAUAUGUAGUAAUCCUACAGAAUGAAAAUGCCUAUCUUACUAAAUUCAAUCUAAAUUUUUGAUGCAAUUUCUAUCAAAAUUCCAACACAGUUUUUAGAGCCCUUGAAAGACCAAUUCUCAACUUCAUAUGGGAAAAAAACCCCAAAUAGCAAAAAAUUCUGAACAAUAAAAGACCUUCUGAGGCAAAUCACCAUCAAUGACCUCAAGUUGUAUUACAGAACAAUAGGAUAUAAUCUGCAUGAUAUUGGUACAGAGACAGAGAGGUCUAUCAGUGGAACAGAAUUGAAGAACCAGAAAUAAAUCUACAUACCUUUGGAUACUUGAUCUUUGACAAGGAAGCCAAAUCCAUACAGUAAAAAAAAAAAAAAAAAAAAAAAAAAGAAAGAAAGAAAGAAAGGUGCAUCUUCAACAAAUAGUGCUGAUUUGACUCUCAGUCUGCAUGUAGAAGAAUGUAAGUUGUUCCAUAUUUAUCAUGCUGCCCAAAGCUCAAGUCCAAGUGGAUCAGAGACUUCAAUAUAAGACCAGAAAAACUGAAUCUAAUAGAGAAGACAGUGGGAAAUGGUCUAGGAUGCAUUAGCACAGGGGAAAUUUUCCUGAACAGAGCACUAACAGCUCAGGCUCUAAGAUCAGUAACUGAUAAAUGAGUCCUCUUGAAACUGAAGAUCUUCUGUAAGUCAAUAGUACAAAACAGCAACCUACAGAUUGAUAAACAUUCUUCACUAAGCCUAUAUUUGACAGAGGGUUAACAUACCAAAUAUAUAAAAAACUCAAAAUGUUAGAGUCCAAAAACUCGAAUAACCCAAUUAAAAAAUGAGGCACAGUGCUAAACAGAGAAUUCUCCUUAGAGGGAUCUUAAAUGACUGUGAACCACUUAAAGAAGUGUCAUCACGGAAAGGCAAAUCAAAAAUGACCAUGAAAUUCUACCUUACAUACCAAUCAGAAUGGAUAAGAUCAAAACUCAACUGACAGCACUUACUGGGGAGGAUGCAGAAAAAAGGCACACUCUUCCAUUGCUGGUAGAAGUGCAAACUUUUAAAAUCAUUUUGGAAAUUAAUCUGGCAGUUGCUCAGAAUACUGGAAAUAGUUCUACCCAGAGAUAGCAAAGAUACCACUUGUCUUACCUAGGGUUUUACUGCUGUGAACAGACAACCUGAUUAAAGCAAGUCAUAUAAGAACAGACUUUAAUUAGGACUUGCUUACAGGGGCUGGGGUUAAAUCCAUUAUCAUAAAGGCAGGAGCACGGCCGCAUCUAGGCAGGCAUUGUGCAUGAUGCAGGAGGAGCUGAGUGUUCUAAACCUUCAUCUGAGUAUUUCUGGGAGAAGAUUGGCUUCCAAGCAAUUAGGAAGAAGGUCUUAAAGACCACACUCACAGUGAUACCAUCUUCUCUAACAAAACCACACCUGCUAAUAGUGCCACUCCUAGGACCAAGCAUAUACAAACCAUCCACCACUCCUCUGCAUAUAAACAAAGGAUGCUUCCAUACCACAAGCAACUUUAUUUGUAAUAGCCAGAACAAGGAAGGAACCCAGAUAUCCCUCAAUUGAAGAAUGGAUACAGAAAUUGUUUUUCAUUUGCAGAAUGGAAUUCUAUUCAGGUAUUAAAAACAAGGAUACCAUGAAUUUUGUAGGCAAUGUAUUGGCCUGGAAAUAUCCUGAGUGAAGUAACCCAGUCCCAAAAGGAUAUGCAUGGUAUGCACUCCCUGAUAAGUGGAUAUUCUCCAAAAAUACAAAAUACCCAUGAUAUACCCCCACAGGAUCUAAGAAGUUAAACAAGAAUGAAGGCCCAGUGUGAAGAUGGAACCUUAAAAGACUAUCUCCAGGAAAUAGGACUCUUCUGGUCUCUAUCUGCUUUCAGACCUAAGGCUGUCCCACAGCCCUUCAGACCAAAACAUGCCCAGAGAGAACUGGUCUCUCAGGAGCGCACUCACUCCUAAGCCCACAGCUCUGCUGAAAUGAAGAGAGAAAAGAAGGAAGAAAGAUAAAGAAAGAAAGAGGUCAAGGUAGGGAAGGGACCUCUAGUAUUGAUUAAGAAGUGGGUACUUGAAUAGGUUUUUGGAUGAUAUUGGGAUAUUUUAACUCUGGGCAGAGUAUACUCUCUCCAAUCCUUCCUAAGCUACAAACCCUGCACCUCCCAUGAGCUGCUACUGAGUUUCUCUUACCACUGAUACCACAUCAUUUUCUUCUUUCCUUUCUUCAGUUAGCUUCUGUCUCUUAACUCUGUCUUUUCCUUCAUUUAACUCUCAAUAUUUCUUCCUGUGUCUCUCUUUUCCUAAUUUUUAGUUUUUAAAAGGAUGAUUUAUUUGGAUUCUUCAUUUUUCUUUACUGAUGGUAGUAAGGGUCAUAAUUCUUGCCUUGCAAUGGCUCGAUACACUAUGAUUCACACCUCCAGCUUAUACAAAAUUGCUUCAAGUACUUUUAUUGAUUUCAAUCCUCAUAUCCACCAAUUUAUUUACUUCUGGAAGCACUGCAUUCUGUUUUAUUUCUAAAUAAUUAGAUUAUAGUAGUAGGCAGAAUCUAAUACUAGUACUAGUAAAUUAAAUGUUUUUUAUCAAUGGUAGAAUUAUAGUGUGGAUUUUCCACUAGACAAAUAAAUUUUAUGGGUGUUUGAAGAUUAAGAAAUAAAAAUUGAGUAAAUUACAACUAAGUGGUAAAUACAUGUUAGAGGAACAUUAACUAUUCUAAAAUAGGACAGAUAUUUUUCUGAUUAUAUUUUUGUGUUUCAGUAAAUAUACCCCAUAUUUGUUUGUUAUAUGGUUCCAGCUCAUGUGUUAUCUACAAAAACACUCACACAGUGGCCUUCAAAUUUGAUGUCUGUCCACAUAGGCCUUUCUAUAUCUGAAGAAUAGACACAGGUAUAUUUGACUUUUCCUGUUCUUAUUGUCAUUGCCAAUGUCCAGAGUUUCACAAGCUAUCAUAUAUCUGCCUGAUGUCAGUGAUUGCUGUUAAUAUAUGAAACCCAAAUCAAAGCAACAAAACAGAGCACUACCGCAUUAUACACUUAUCUAACAUACUUACAAUUCUUCCUUAUAGACAGAAAGCAAACUCAUUAUUGUGGCUCUAAAUUUGAUAUCACUAAGCUAAGAACCCAUGACAGUUAUGACUUUAGUUGAUUGCCAUCACUGUAGCUCUAUACCAUACAACAUAACCUGAACUUCUCAUAUAUUAACCACAAUCCCAUUGAUUUAAGAUUAGAACUAAUAUCAAACUCCAAACAUUCAUCAUGUUGACCACUGGAACUAUAGAGUUAAGUAAUGUGAAAAAUGAUUGUAAUGUACUACAGCUAAUCACUAUAUUUCAUCACAAACUCAAAUCUAAGUGCCCAUGAAUCAUUUUCUCCUUGCAUCCCUGCCAAUCAUCAUUCUAGUGCCUUUUAAAUUUUCAUUACAUAAUUAAUAUAUUGUUGGGAAUGGCAUGUCCAUCAUAUACAGAAUACAUGUGUAGAGAUGAGAAAAUAUGUUUUGGUAGAUGGGCAUCCCAACAUAUGGGAUAUAUAUGUACAAAUCAUGAACCCAUUUCUCAUUUCCUUUACAUUUUAGGCAUUUUUAAAUUUAGUUUUAAAUAUUCCUUUUAGAGUAGAGAGAUGAUUCAGUGAUUAAGAGUGCAUAUUUCUAUAACUUUUGAAUAUGAGUUCAUUUCCUAGUUCCUACCAGUGGUUCACAGUUAUCUACAAAUAUAGCUAUAGGACAUCUCAUCUCAAGCCUCUGGUCUCUGCUGACACUUCCCAACACACAGACCAUUAAAAACAAGACAAAUCUUAAAAGAAAAUACUAUUUAAGUAUUCUGAACACUUAAUCGCCCAUUGUUAAUAUGAUUCUCAAAUGUUUUCUGUUUCUUUUGAGAUUUGAAUCCAGCUUCAUGUGAACUUCAGAAGUAAUGGCUUUAAAAAUUCUUUUCUUGGAAAUUGACCCCAAAUCAUUGUUUUCUUUUUUGAGGAUGGGAUUCUCUGCGUAUAGCAGUGAUUGCCCUGGAAUUGCCUUUAUAGAUCAGAAUAGUCUUAGAUUCAUAUAUCUGCCUGCUUCUGUGUUUUAAGUCCUAGGAUUAAAAUGUGUACCACCAUGCCCAUUUGGAAGGUUUAAACUUUUGAAAACGUAUCCUAACAUUUUAUUGUAAUAUAAAGAGAGAAAUAUCUAAUUCUAUAAUGAAAAAUAUUAAAUAGUCUGUAUCAGUGAGAGAGCUAUACAAAUACAGUAAAAUGAUGUAUGUUUAAUUCAAGUUAACUUCAUGAAACACUGGAUAUUUAAUAUGCUUCCAAAUUUCUUGACUGUAAUAAAUUAAUUUAUCUUUUUUUCCAUCUUUAUUAAAAUAGGUAUUAUUUACAUUUCGAUUAUUAUUCCCUUUCCAGGUUUCCGGGCCAAUAUCCCGCUAACCGUUCCACCUCCCCUUCUCUAUGGGUGUUCCUCUCCCAAUCCUCCCUCCAUUACCACCCUCCCCCAAACAAUCCCGUUCACUGGGGGUUCAGUCUUGACAGGACCAAGGGCUUCCUUUCCACUAGUGCUCUUACUGGGCUAUUCAUUGCUACCUAUGAGGUUGGAGCCCAAGGUCAGUCCAUGUAUGGUCUUUGGGUAGUGGCUUAGUCCCUCGAAGCUCUGGUUGCUUGGCAUUGUUGUUCAUAUGGGGUCUCAACCCCUUCAAACUCUUUCGGUCCUUUCUAAGAUUCCUUCAACGAGGGUCCCGUUCUCAGUUCAGUGGUUUAAUGAUGGCAUUCGCCUAUGUAUUUGCUGUAUUCUGGCUGUGUCUCUCAGGAGAGAUCUACAUCCGAAUCCUGUCGGCCUGCACGUCUUUGCUUCAUCCAUCUUAUCUAGUUUGGUGGCUGUAUAUGUAUGGGCCACAUGUGGGGCAGGCUCUGAAUGGGUGUUCCUUCUGCCUCUGUUCUAAACUUUGCCUCACUAUUCCCUCCCAAGGGUAUUCUUGUUCCACUUUUAAAGAAGGAAUGAGGCAUUCCCAUUUUGGACACCCUUCUUGGUUUCAUGUGUUCUGUGCAUCUAGGGUAAUUCGAGCAUUUGGGCUAAUAUCCACUUAUCAAUGAGUACAGAACAUGUGCGUUAUACUGUGAUUGGGUUACCUCACUCAGGAUGAUAGUUUCCAGUUCCAUCCAUUUGCCUAUGAAUUUCAUAAAGUCAUUGUUUUUGAGAGCUGAGUAGUAUUCCAUUAUAUAGAUGUACAACAUUUUCUAUACCCAUUCCUCUGUUGAAGGGCAUCUGGGUUCUUUCCAGCUUCUGGCUAUUAUAAAUAAGACUACUAUAAACAUAGUGGAGCAUGUGUCCUUGUUAUAUGUUGGGGCAUCUUUUGGGUAUAUGCCCAAGAGAGGUAUAGCUGGGUCCUCAGGUAGUUCACUGUCCAAUUUUCUGAGGAACCUACAGACUGAUUUCCAGAAUGGUUGUACCAGUCUGCAAUCCCACCAACAAUGGAGGAGUUUUCCUCCUUCUCCACAUCCUUGCAAGCAUUUGCUGUCACCUGAGUUUUUGAACUUAGCCAUUCUCACUGGUGUGAGGUGAAAUCUCAGGGUUGUUUUGAUUUGCAUUUCCCUUAUGACUAAAGAUGUUGAACAUUUCUUUAGGUGUUCCUCAGCCAUUUGGCAUUCCUCAGCUGUUAAUUUUUGUUCAGCUCUGAACCCUUUUUUAAUGGGGUUAUUUGUCUCCCUGCAGUCUAACUUCUUGAGUCCUUUAUAUAUUUUGGAUAUAAGCCCUCUAUCAAUUGUAGGAUUGGUAAAGAUCUUUUCCCAAUCUUUUGGUUGCCGUUUUGUCUUAACAACCGUGUCCUUGACUUUACAGAAGAUUUGCAGUUUUAUGAGAUCCCAUUUCUGCAUUUUUGAUCUUAGAUCAUAAGCCAUGGGUGUUUUGUACAGGAAAUUUCCUUCAGUGCCCAUGUGUUCGAGAUUCUUCCCCACUUUUUCUUCAAUUAGUUUGAAUGUAUCUGGUUUGAUAUGGAGGUCCUUGAUCCACUUGGACUUGAGCUUUGUACAGGGUGAUAAGCAUGGAUAGAUCUGCAUUCUUCUAAAUGCUGACCUCCAGUUGAACCAGCACCAUUUACUGAAAAUGCUAUCUUUUUCAAAUUGGAUUGUUUGGGCACUUUUGUCAAAAAUCAAGUGACCAUAGGUGUGUGGAUUCAUUUCUGGGUCUUCAAUUCUAUUCCACUGGUCUAUCUGUCUGUCUCUGUACCAAUACCAUGCAGUUUUUAUCACUAUUGCUCUGUAAUACUGCUUGAGUUCAGGGAUAGUGAUUCCCCCUGAAGUCCUUUUAUUGUUGAGGAUAGUUUUAGCUAUCCUGGGUUUUUUAUUAUUCCACUUGAAUUUGCAAUUUUUUCUGUCUAACUCUUUGAAGAAUUGGAUUGGUAUUUUGAUGGGUAUUGCAUUGAAUCUAUAAAUGGCUUUUGGUAAAAUGGCCAUUUUUACUAUGUUCAUCUUGCCAAUCCAGGAGCAUGGGAGAUAUUUCCAUCGUCUAAGGUCUUCUUCAAUUUCUUUCUUCAGUGGUUUGAAGUUCUUAUCUUCCAGAUCUUUCACUUGCUUGGUUAAAGUCACACCGAGGUAUUUUAUAUUAUUUGGGAGUAUUAUGAAGGGUGCCGUUGCCUUAAUUUCUUUCUCAGCUUGUUUCUCUUUUGUGUAGAGGAAGGCUACUGAUUCAUUUGAGUUAAUUUUAUACCCAGCCACUUUGCUGAAGGUGUUUAUCAGCUUUAGUAUUUCUCUCUUGGAACUUUUGGGAUCACUGAAAUAUACUAUCACAUCAUCUGCAAGUAGUGAUAUUUUGACUUCUAUUCCAAUCUGUAUCCCUUUGAUCUCCAUUUGUUGUCUGAUUGCUGUGGCUAGAAUUUAAGAACUAUAUUGAAUAAGUAGGGAGAGAGUGGGCAGCCUUGUCUAGUCCCUGACUUCAGUGGGAAUGUUUCAACUUUCUCUCCAGUUAGUGUAAUAAUAGCUACUGGUUUGCUGUAUAUGGCUUUUACUAUGUUUAGGUAUGGGCCUUGAAUUCCGGUUCUUUCCAGGACUUUUAUCAUGAACGGGUGUUAAAUUUUGUCAAAUGCUUUCUCAGCAUCUAAUGAAAUGAUCAUGUGAUUUUUAUCUUUCAGUUUGUUUAUAUAGUGGAUUACUUUGAAAGUUUUCCAUAUAUUAAACCAUUCCUGCAUGCCUGGGAUGAAGCCUACUUGAUCAUGAUGGAUGAUUGUUAUGAUGUGCUCUUGAAUUCGGUUUGCAAGAAUAUUUUUCCAUUUUUAUUAACUUGAGUAUUUCUUAUUUACAUUUGAAUUGUUAUUUCCCUUCCUAGUUUCUGGGCCAACAUCCCCCAACCCCUCCACUUCCCCUUUUCUAUGCGUGUUCCCCUCCCAGUCUUCCCCCCAUUACUGCCCUCCCCCCAACAAUCACAUUCACUGGGGGUUCAGUCUUGACAGGACGAAGGGCUUCCUUUCCACUAGUGCUCUUACUGGGCUAUUCAUUGCUAUGUAUGUAGUUGGAGUCCAAGGUCAGUCCAUAUAUAGUCUUUGGUUAGUGGCUUAGUCCCUUGAAGCUCUGGUUGGUUGGCAUUGUUAUUCAUAUGGGGUCACAAGCCCCUUAAGCUCUUUCAGUCCUUUCUAAGAUUCCUUCAACGAGGGUCCCGUUCUCAGUUUAGUGGUUUAAUGAUGGCAUUUGCCUAUGUAUUUGAUAUAUUCUGGCUGUGUCUCUCAGGAGAGAUCUACAUCCGAAUCCUGUCAGCCUGCAUGUCUUUGCUUCAUCCAUCUUAUCUAGUUUGGUGGCUGUAUAUGUGUAGGUCACAUGUGGGGCAGGCUCUGAAUGGGUGUUCGUUCCUCCUCUGUUCUAAACUUUGCCUCACUAUUCCCUCCCAAGGGUAUUCUUGUUCCCCUUUUAAAGGAGGAGUGAAACAUUCGCAAUUUGUUAAUCCUUCUUGAGUUUCAUGUGUUCUGUGCAUCUAGGGUAUUUCGAGCAUUUGGGCUAUUAUCCACUUAUCAAUGAGUACAUACCACGUGUGUUUUUCUGUGAUUGGGUUACCUCACUCAGGAUGAUAUUUUCCAGUUCCAUCCAUUUGUCUAUGAAUUUCAUAAAGUCAUUGUUUUUGAUAGCUGAGUAAUAUUCCACUGUGUACAUGUACCACAAUGUCUGUAUCCAUUCCUCUGUUGAAAGUCAUCUGGGUUCUUUCCAGGUUCUGGCUAUUAUAAAUAAGGCUGCUACGAACAUAGUGGAGCAUGUGUCUUUGUUAUAUGUUGGGGCAUCUUUUGGGUAUAUUCCCAAGAGAGGCAUAGCUGGGUCCUCAGGCAGUUCAAUGUCCAAUUUUCUGAGAAACCUCCAGACUGAUUUCCAGAAUGGUUGUCCCAGUCUGUAAUCCCACCAACAAUUGAGGAGUCUUCCUCUUUCUCCACAUCCUUGCCAGCAUUGGUUUACAAGAAAUUUAUUGAGUAUUUUUGCAUCUAUAUUCAUAAGGGAAAUUGGUCUGAAGUUCUCUUUCUUUGUUGGGUCUUUGUGUGGUUUAGGUAUAAGAAUAAUUUUGGCUUCUUAGAAGGAAUUUGGUAGUGCUCCAUCUGUUUCAAGUUUGUGGAAUAGUUUGGAUAGUAUUGGUAUGAGGUCUUGUAUGAAGGUCUGAUAUAAUUCAGCACUGACCGCAUCUGGACCUGGGCUCUUUUUAAUUGGGAGACCUUUAAUGAAUGCUUCUAUUUCUUUAGGACUUAUCGGGCUGUUUGAAUGGUUUAUCAAUACCUGAUUUAACUUUGGUACCUGGUAUCUGACUAGGAAACUGUCCAUUUCCUCGAUAUAUUCAAGUAUUGUUGAAUAUAGGCUUUUGUAGUAGGAUCUGAUGAUUUUUUGAAUUUCCUCUGAUUCUGUAAUUUUGUCUCCCUUUUCAUUUCUGAUUUUUUUAACUUGGACACAUUCUCUGUGUCUGCUCCUUUGUCUCGCUAAGGAUUUAUCUAUCUUGUUGAUUUUAUCAAAGAACUAGCUUUUGGUUUUGCUGAUUCUUUGUAUCGUCCUUUUUGCUUCUACUUGGUUGAUUUCAGCUCUGAGUUUCAUUAUUUCCUGCCUUCUACUCCUCUUGAGUGUAUUUGCUUCUUUUUGUUCUAGAGCUUUUAGGUGUGCUGUCAAGCUGCUGAUAUAUGUUCUCUCCUGUUUCAUUCUGCAGGCACUCAGAGCUAUGAUAUUUCCUCUUAGCACAGCUUUCACUGUGUCCCAUAAAUUUCGGUACGUUGUACCUUCAUUUUCAUUAAAUUCUAAGAAGACUUUAAUUUCUUCCUUUAUUUCUUCCUUAACCAGGUUAUCAUUGAGUAGAGCAUUGUUCAACUUAUAUGUAUAUUUGGGCAUUCUUCCCUUAUUGUUAUUGAAGACCAGCUUUAGCCUGUGGUUGUCUGAUAGGAUGCAUGGAAUUAUUUCUAUCUUUCUGUAUCUAUUGAAGCCUGUUUUAUGACCAAUUCUCUGGUCAAUUUUGGAGAAAGUACCAUGAGGUGGUGAGAAGAAUGUAUAUCCUUUUGUUUUAGGAUAGACUGUUCUAUAAAUAUCUGUGAAGUCUAUUUGGAUCAUGACUUCUCUUAGUAUGUCUAUUUUCUGUUUAAAUUCUGUUUCCAUGAUCUCUCCAUUGCUGAGAGUGGGGUGUUGAAAUCUCCUACUAUUAUUGUGUGAGAUGCAAUGUGUGUUUUGAGCUUUAGUAAGGUUUCUUUUAUGUAUGUAGGUGCCCUUGUAUUUGGAGCAUAGAUAUUUAGGAUUGAGGGUUCAUCUUGGUGGAUUUUUCCUUUCAUGUAUAUGAAGUGUCCUUCCUUAUCUUUUUUGAUGACUUUUGUUUGAAAAUCGAUUUUAUUCGAUAUUAUAAUGGCUACUGCAGCGUCCUUCUUCAGACCAUUUGCUUGGAAAGUUGUUUUCUUGCCUUUCAUUCUGAGGUAGUGUCUUUCUUUGUCUCUGAGGUGUGUUUCCUGUAGGCAGCAGAUUGCAAGGUCCUCAUUGCAUGCCCUCUUUGUUGAUAUGUUAAUAUGUCUUUUUAUUGGGGAGUUGAGUCCAUUGAUGUUGAGAGAUAUUAAGGAAUAGUGAUCCUUGCUUCCUGUUAUAUUCGUUUUUGGAUGUGAGAUUAUGUUUGUGUGCUUUUCUUCUCUUUGUUUUGUUGCCAAGACGAUUAGUUUCUGGCUUUUUCUAGGGUGUAGCUUGGCUACUUAUGUUGAGCUUUACCAUUUAUUAUCCUUUGUAGGGCUGGAUUUGUAGAAAGAUAUUGUGUAAAUUUGGUUUUGUCAUGGAAUAUCUUGGUUUCUCCAUCUAUGUUAUUUGAGAGUUUUUCUGGAUACAGUAACUUGGGUUAGCAUUUUGGUUCUUGUAGGGUCUGUAUGACAUCUGUCCAGGAUCUUCUGGCUUUCAUAGUCUCUGGCGAGAAGUCUGUGUGAUUCUGAUAGGUCUGCCUUUAUAUGUUACUUAACCUUUUUUCCUUACUACUUUUAAUAUUCUUUCUUUGUUUUGUGCGUUUUGUGUUUUGACUAUUAUGUGAAGGGAGGAGUUUCUUUUCUGGUCCAAUCUAUUUGGAGUUCUGUAGGCUUCUUGUAUGUUUAUGGGCAUCUCUUUCUUUAGGUUAGGGAAGUUUUCUUUUAUGAUUUUGUUGAAGAUAUUUACUGGUCCUUUGAGCUGGUAGUCUUCACUCUCUUCCAAACCUAUUGUCCUUAGGUUUGAUCUUCUCAUUGAGUCCUGGAUUUCUUGUAUGUUUUGGACCAGUAGCCUUUUCCGUUUUACAUUAUCUUUGACCAUUGUGUCAAUGAUUUCUAUGGACUCUUCUGCUCCUGAGAUUUUCUCUUCUAUCUCUUGUAUUCUGUUGGUGAUGAUUGUGUAUCUACGGCUCCUUGUCUCUUCCUUUGGUUUUCUAUAUCCAGGGUUGUCUCCCUUUGUGCUUUCUUUAUUGCUUCUAUUUGCAUUUUUAAGUACUUUACCUGUUUGUUUUCCUGGAAUUCUUUCAGGGAUUUUUGUGAUUCCUCUCUAUAGGGUUCUACUUGUUUAUUUAUGUUUUCCUGCAUUUCUCCAAGGGAGUUCAUUAUGUCUUUCUUGAAGUCCUCCAUCAUCAUGUUCAAAUGUGAUUUAAAAUUAAGUUCUUGCUUUUUCUGUUGUGUUUGGAUAUUCAGUGUUUGCUUUGGUGGGAGAAUUGUGUUCCGAUGAUGCCAUGUAGUCUUGAUUUCUGCUACUUGGAUUCCUGUGCUUGCCUCUCGCCAUCAGGUUGUCUCUGGUGUUACCUUUUUCUGCUAUUUCUGACAGUGGCUAGACUGUCCUAUAAGCCUGUAUUUCAGGAGUGUUGUAGACCUGUAUUCCUGUUUUCUUGCAGCCAGUUAUGGGAAUAGCGUGUUCUGCUUUCAGGCAGGUAGUCUUUCUUGUCUACUGGUCUUCAGCUGUUCCUGUGGGUGUGUUUCCUGAGUCCACCAGGCAGGUCACUUGGAGCAGAAAAGUUGGUCUUACCUGUGGUCCUGAGCCUGAAGUUGCUCCUGGGGCACUGUGUUUGAGGUCUCCGUGGGGGUGGCAACCAGAAGGGCCUGCCCCGCCUUUUGCCAGGCCCUGUGCGCUGGGGUCCCAGAUGGCAUUAGAUGUUUUCCUCUGGAGUCAGAAAUGUGGGCAGAAUGUAGUCUCUUCUGGUUUCUCCAGAGUGUCUGCCCCUCUGAAGUUUUAGCUCUCCCUACCACGGAAUUUGGGUGCAGGGAGCUGUUGAUUGGUUCCCUUCAGGUCUGUGUGGUGUCUGGACAGCAAGGAGCCUGCCCCUUUCUUCCUGUUCCCAGAAGUCCUAUACAGUUUCCUCUUGGGCCAGGGAUGUGGGCAGGGGUGUGCAGUAUUUGUGGUCCCUCUCGCUGUGCAGUCUCAGGAGUGCCCACUUCUCCGGGUGCAGUGAGCUCUCUCGCCCAUGGAGUUUGAGAGCAGGGAGCUGUGGGCCGGGUUUUCUUAAUUUAUCUUUUUAAUAGGAAUGUAAAUGCCUUGAUGAUGCUGAACUGAACCUGAACCUGUAAGAAGGCCCCAAUUAAAUGUUGUUUUUGUAAGAAAAAAGAAGAAGAAAAUAAAAGAAAAUGAUUUCUCCAAACUUGCCAAUGGGAAUAUUCCUCUUCUUCCAGAUUGUAAUUGGAAUGCUUGGCAAUUGCUCAAUACUAUGUUAUUAUGUCACCUUCCUAUUCAGUAGAAAACAUUUAAUGCCUAAAGAUCUGAUUAUGGAGCACUUAACUUUUGCCAACUGUUUGUCUAUCAUCUCAAAAGGCAUUCCACAGAUACUGUCAGAUUUUGGUUUUAAAGAAUCCCUGGAUGAUAUUGGAUGCAAAUUUGUAAUGUAUAUUUACCGAGUAACAAGAGGGAUGUCUCUGUAUGCAAUGUGCCUACUGAGUUGCUUCCAAGCAAUCACAAUCAGUCCCAGCAACUCUAGGUGGAUGAUGCUUAAACACAGAGCGGUGAAGUAUAUUGGUUCUUCCUGCUUAGUCAAUUGGUUUGUGCAUUUGCUUUUAAACAUCAUCACUCCAGUAAAAGUGACAGUCCCCACUUACAGCAAAAAUGUGACAAACAUGAAUAGUUAUGGAUACUGCUCAUGGUUUGCUCCCAGAAAUAUGGCAAUUGCACUGUAUAUGUUCUUACUGUGCUUCUAUGAUGGCCUGUGUCUGGGUCUCAUGGCCUGCUCAAGUGUCUAUAUGGUUAGUAUUCUCUACAAACAUAAGAGACAAGUCAAACAUAUCUAUACUGCUCAACACUUUCUGAAAGUCUCACCUGAGGACAGAGCUACCCAAACUAUUCUCAUCCUGGUGUGCACAUUUAUCAUCUCUUAUACAAUCUCUUCUAUACGUGUAAUCUUUACAACCUACUCCAAAGUUUCAGUGAUUUGGCGAGUAAGUAUAUUUAUAUUUCUAGAAAUAUGCUUUUCCAUAUUUUGUCCCUUUGUUCUUAUUAGCAAUAUUAAGUGUAGUUUCAGACUAUUUUUACCCUUUUGUGGUAAGAGCUAACUCCAUCCAAACAUUGCAUGUUUAAAAUUUUUUAUUAUAUACAUACAUAUAUAAAUGUGUGUGUGUGUAUGUGUAUACCUCAGUGUAAAUAUAGGUAUCACAUAGAUUAUCUGUGCUCAUAUCUGCAAGAAGAGUAUAUUGGAUCCUCUGAAACUGGAAAUACAUUGGAGCCAUAAGCCACCUGAUGUGGUUUCUGCAAGCUGAACUCAGUUUCCUUUGCAAAAUCAUUAUAAAACUUUUCCACACUGAUCCCUCUCUCUACCUCCAAGCAUUUGUCUAUUGCUUUUCAAAUAUAGGCAUUACAACUCUUCAGCUAUCAUCUGGUCUGAAAAUGUUGUAGAAAAAUGAAUGAGAAAAUCGCCUUACAAUAUUAGUCAGUGUCAGAAAGACAAAUAUUACAUGUACUUUCACGUGAAAUCAAGGCACAAAGGAAAAUGAAGGGAAAAUAUGGAUUAUUGAGAAGUAUAGGCUAAGAUUUUUCAAAAUCUACUCUAGUAAGCAUUCUUAAACACUUCGAUCUCACUUCUAGUCCAUGGACCAAUGAAUGGUUGGAGAGAAAGAUGUUUAAUAGGACAAGGGGGAUAUGGACCUGUUUAGAAGUAUUUCUUCGGAGGAUUCCAAUCUUUGUUGUCAGGGGUAUCAGCAGUUCAGUCUAAAAUAUUAACAUAAAUAAGUAGUGGCAGUCCAAUCCAAUUGACAAAUACCAAACAAGAAUCAGUAGCAGCAGCUGGAUCCAGAAGAAACCACAAGGAUCCUCUGAAUUGACAUGAGUCUGCAGAAGCAGCAAGAACCAGCUGAAAUACCACAAGAAUUUCUUUGACACAUUUCGCUCUACAAAUUCACUACAAGAUCAGUGAAGAUCAGCAAAAGGUUGCAUAACAUACUAAUGCAAAAAAAUCCUCAUUGUCUGUGUGGUUAUAUUUAUAUUUCUAACUAUCAGAGGGUGUCUCAAGUGUCUGUUUCAGCAAAAUAUCACAUGUAUUCUUGCAAGAAAGCUUCCAGAAAAAUACCACGUGCCAUGCCCAUUCUCAACAAACAUCCUCUUACAUAUCAGUUUCAGCAAAACACCUUCACUAAAGAGAGUUCCAAGAAACAUAUCGUAUGGCAAAACUGAGUUGUUAGAGUAAUCAAAAAUUUCCACUUCAGAGUGGAAUUUUUCAGAGAAAAAUUGGGAGAGUAAAAAAUGGGAGAUAUAGAUGAUAUAAUGAUGGAUAAAUAUGACAAAGUAACUUAAUACACAUAAAUGAAAGCAACAUAAUGUAAUCCAUUACUAUGUACAAUUAAUGAAUGCUUUAAAAUAUAAAGAAUUAAAAAUUGUCACUAUCCCCUGUGAUAUAUUAGGUUCAUUUUACUAACAUAAUUAUCUUCAUUGCCUCUGUCUCCUACGUGUCAUAUGAUAUAACAUCCACUUUCUAAAAGCUUGAUAAAAAUAUUUCAACGGUUUAUAAAUUGUUCUUGGAAUAAACUUUUUUCUUCAGAAAAAUAUACCUCUGGAUUCUCUCUCUCUCUCUCUUGAGGAAUUACACUAGUUUUUUUCAGCCUUUAGUUUUUUUCAUUUUUGUUUUAUUGGAUAUAUUUCUUUAUUUAUAUUUCAAAUGUUAUUACUUUUCUUGGUUCCCUGUCCAUAAGCCCCCUAUCCCCUCCGACUCCCCCAUAAGGUUGUUCCUGCUAUUCACCCGCACUUACCACCAUCCCCUAAACACUACCCUGCACUGGGAGUCCAACCUUGGCAAGACCAAGGGCUUCUCCUUCCACUGGUGCCCAACAAGGACCUCCUCUACUACAUAUGAAGGUGGAACCACGGGUCAGUCCAGGUACAGUGUUUGAGUAGUGGUUUAGUCACUAGAAGCUCUGGUUGUUUGGCAUUGUUGUUCUUAUGGGGAUGCAAGCACCUUCAGCUCUUUCAGUCCUUUCUCUAAUUCCUCCAACAGGGGUCCCAUUCUUAGAUCACUGGUUUGCUGCUAGUGUUCAUCUCUGUAUUGGACAUGCUCCGGAUGUGUCUCUCAAAAGAGAUCUAGGGGCUGGGGAUUUAGCUCAGUGGUAGAGCGCUUACCUAGGAAGCAAAAGGCCCUGGGUUCGGUCCCCAGCUCCGAAAAAAAGAACCAAAAAAAAAAAAAAGAAGAGAUCUAUAUCCGGUCCCUGCCAGCAUACAGUUCCUAGCUUCAUCAAUCUUAUCUAAUUUUGGUGGCUGUAUAUAUAUAUAUAUAUAUAUAUAUAUAUAUAUAUAUAUAUAUAUAUAUAUAUAUAUGCCACAUGUGGGGCAGGUGGCCAUUCCUUCAGUCUCUGCUUUAAACUUUGUCUCCAUAUCCCCUCCUAUGGACAUUUUUGAACCCCAUUUUAGGGAGUAAAGCAUCUGCAUUUUGGUCAUCCUUCUUUUUGAGCUUCAUGUGGUCUGUGGAUUGCAUCUAGGGAAAUUCGAGUUUUUGGGAUAAUAUCCUCUUAUCAAUGAGUGCAUGUUAUGUGUUUUUUUUUUCUGUGAUUGGGUUACCUCACUCAGGAUGGUAUUUUCUAGUUCCAUCCAUUUACCUAUGAAUUUCAUGAAGUCAUUGAUUUUGAUAGCUGAGUAGUACUCAAUUGUACAGAUGUACCACAUUUUCUGUAUCCAUUCCUCUGUUGAAGGGCAUGUGGGUUAUUUCUAGCUUCUGGCUAUUAUAAAUAAGGCUGCUAUUAACAUAGUGGAUCAUGUGUCUUUGUUGUAUGUUGGAGUAUCUUUGAUGUAUAUGCCCAGGAGAGGUAUAGCUGGGUCCUCAGGUAGUUCAAUGUCCAAUUUUCUGAGGAACCUCCAGACUGAUUUCCAGAGUGGUUGUACCAGUUUGAAAUUCCACCAACAAUGGAGGAGUGUUCCCCUUUCUCCACAUCCUCGACAGCAUCUGCUGUCCCCUGAGUUUUUGAUCUUAGCCAUUCUCACUGGUGUGAGAUGGAAUCUCAGGGUUGUUCUGAUUUGCAUUUCCCUGGUGACUAAAGAUGAUGAACAUU